GAGAGAUUAAACCACAGUGACCGGGCAUCGGAGAAGAGGAGGAAGAAGAAGAAUUAGCAAGCAAAAAUGAAUGCUCCCGAUCGUUACGAACGAUUCGUCGUCCCUGAAGGCGUCAAGAAGGUUUCCUACGAGCGGGACACCAAGAUUAUAAAUGCCGCUACCUUAACGAUCGAGAGAGAAGACCACACCAUCGGCAACAUUCUACGCAUGCAAUUGCACAGGGAUGAGAAUAUUCUCUUUGCUGGCUACAAGCUGCCUCACCCACUUCAGUACAAAAUCACACUGAGGAUUCAAACAGCAAGCCAGUCUUCACCAAUGCAGGCUUAUAAUCAGGCUAUUAAUGAUCUUGACAAGGAGCUUGAUCAUCUGAAGAAUGAGUUUGAGACUGAACUGGCGAAGCACACACGGGAGUUUUGAUCCACUUGAGCCACUGGGAUUGUAUAUACAGUGUUGGAGCACUCUUAGAUCAAUCAAACCAAAUGUGCGCCUCAGUCAUGAAGGUGUCCCACCUUAUGUUCUGCAAACUUGUAUCGUGUUUGAACUAGCUAGUAGCUACUUUGAAGCUUAAAUUUGUACUUUUUGCACUAAGACCUUUGGAAAGCAUCAAGUACAAUGGCUUAACUAUCAAUUUGAUCCAUUUUGUUUUCUGCCAUUGGUGGAUUUUCUUGUCUUUUCUUUUGGGAUCAAAGUUUAUGCAAGUCUAAUUGCUUUUGCUCAA